CAAAAACCAACCCUCACCCACUCUCUCCCUCACUUCCUGCGGCCAGCACCCUCCAAGCAAGAGCAAAGAAUCCUCCAUCAUUCUCCUCCAUUGUUGAAGAGAGCUUUACAAGAAAGAAUACCAAGAAAAGGAGCUAAAGUGCUAAAAGUGUGAAAGGAUUAAGGAACUUGAUAUAAAGUAUCUUUGAGCUUCGCCGGAGUUUCGCCGGAGUUGGUCAAAGUUGGCCGGAGUUGGUCAAAGUUCACCGGAAUUAGUCAAAGUUCAACCGCGGAGCGUAGAACACGCUUAAGCUCACUUAAGUUUCAGGUAGGGAGUAGAGCUUGCUACUACCGCUCGUUGCUUCGGGGAAUUCAAGGAGGAAGGCGUGAAAUGGAGCCAACCGGAAGGGUCACUAGGAGGAACCCGACGGGCCGUGUACCGGAUGGAUCCGAGCGCGGUAGCCGGGGGUCCACUAGGGGAUCAAGAGGAAGGGGCCGUGGAGGCCAACGUCAAACCGUGAGCGAUGGCCACGUCGACACGGAGAGUGAGACCUAUUGGUCUUAUGAGGACUCAACCUACCGGCCGGAAACUGAGCCGGUUGAGACCCCUUAUGAAGGGGAUGAUGAUGAUGUGAGCGACGAGGAGGAAAGUGGCUCCUUGGCUCGGAUCGAAGCGCUGCUCCAACAAUAUCAUCGGGAGCGCGAGGAAAGGAGGGAACGCCGAAGGCGCCGUGCAGGGCAACCUUCGGGUGGGGCUCCAAGAGGAAGGAGCUAUUGUGAUUCAAGAACCCAUGUGGAAGCGCAUGGGAGUCGAGGUGAUGGAGGUCCAACCAUAAGGAUCUCCAAAUACAUCAAAGAGGCGAGGGACUUGGGGUGCAAACCGUUCGAUGGGACGGGGGACAUCUCGGUGGCCGCGCAAUGGAUCAAGAGGCUGAACGAGUCAGCCCUGGACAUGCAACUCACCCCCGCUUUCAAACUGAGAAUCGCGGUGAGGUUACUUGAAGGGUUGGCAUCCAAGUGGUGGGAUGGAACCAAGGGCAAGUAUGGAGGGAAUGUUACUUGGGAGGAUUUUCGGCAAGAAUUCUUUGCCCAAUACUACUCUGACUUUGAGGUAAAUGCCAAGGUGAGAGAAUACACUCUUCUAACCCAAGGGGGUAACAUGACGGUGAAAGAACUUGAGCACAAGUUCAGGGACCUUGCCGACCACAUACCGGAGUAUGCUUGUGAUGAAAACCGAAUGGUGAAUCACUUUUGGGAGGCCUUGGACUUGGAGAUACGUGAUAGGGCGACUCAAUUGCCCAACAUGACUUUCAGCCAAGUGGUUGCCCAAGGGUUGAAAGGAGAGAAGCAAUGGGAAGAGAGAAAGAAGAGAGACGCCGAUGAGGCGAAGAAGAGGAAGUGGGAGAACCAUGGCCCCCAAGGUUCUAACAAAAAGGGGAAUCAUGGGGGAGGUGGAUCGUUCAGAGCACCGGCGCCGCCAUCCAAGGGGAACCCGGCCUUCAGCGGGCACAACUCGGGCUCCCAAGCCUCAACGACGCCCAGGUGCAGGAAUUGCAACAGGAGCCACGCCGGUAAGUGUCGUGAUCCACCACGGUGCUUCCAAUGCGGGAGCACAGGGCAUAUUAAACCAAAUUGCCCUCAACUUGGUGGGAACCGAGGGGCGGGAUCAAGCGGCGCCACCACGGCGAGUAGGAGCCGAACCGGGGCACCUCAUGCUAGUACGGGGCAAGGGGGAGCGAGCACGAGCAACGCGCCGUCCGUGAAUCAGGGGAGGUCUCAAGCACGGGUCUAUGCGAUGACCGAGGCCGACGCUCGGGCUAAUCCCGACUCCGUUGCAGUUUCAGGUAGGGAGUAGAGCUUGCUACUACCGCUCGUUGCUUCGGGGAAUUCAAGGAGGAAGGCGUGGUUCGUGCUUCUUCUGUUUCCGUUUUGAAAACAAUUUAAAUAAUGCUCAUGGAUAUUAUUUCGAAUAUUUAUUUGGGGGCUUGUAUGCCAGUGGUUGCCACGUGUGGUUUGAAUAUUUGUAAUUAUGUUUCCGCUGCUUAACUAAAUAUUUUACGUUAUGAUUGUUUAUGGAUGUACUAUGUGUGAAUGGUAUUCAAGACGCCUAGUAUAGUAUGGAUGAGUUGGACUGCGGUUGACUAUUCGUACUGUACGGCGGGUUGUUGACGUGUCCGGUAGGUCCGGGGCGUGACAUACCCCCUCCCUUUAGAGUCCUUGGAAAUAUGCAUUCUAGCCAUGCAUCCACAUCGGAUCUCACCCCGGUUUGUUUCACCAACUUUAUCACUUCCGUUCUUGAUCUUUUCUCUAUAAUAUGUAUUUGUCUUUCCUUGCUUGUGACACGCAAACACUUUCCAUGUGAUAACAUUGUUC